CGGGCGAGCCCCGUCGUGUCACAGCCCGACGCCGAAGAAAGCCCGCUCGAAGAGCCAGAUCUGAGAUAAUGCAUAUACACGUAUGUAUAGCCGUAUGAUAAACGCCUUGCACGCACGUAUGGUACACUGGACGGACAAUGGACGAAUCUCAAUGAAGGCACAAACGCAUUUCUCCCUCUCGCCUUCUUGUCCAUCCAUUCGCCCUUGUUGAGUCGCAUUUGGACAUCAACAGUCGUCCGCACCCCGCUCAACAUCGAUGAGUACCUACACACACACACACACGCACACACACACACACACGGACACAGGGGGCACAUGUGUUGAUCGUAUACAUGAGUGCUGUCGGGUACGGUACCGUUUGAGGUGGACGAGGAGCAGCGUGGGCACGUGUGUGAUGGACAGCUGCUUGGUCGCCUGCACGGGCACAUCAGAUACACACAUGCGCACCUGUACCUCCUCUGUCUGUUCCGCGUGAGGGCGUACCCGUCUCUUCUGUUUGCAGACCUCACAGAAGUAGUGCUGGUGGCCGGGCUGCACCAACCGUACACACACACAUCCAUCCAUCCAUCCACGGACACGCGCAUCGCUCUGUUUCGUUGCUGACCUGUCCGAGUAUCUCUUCGUCGAAGAAGCUCUCCACACACGUGUGAAGCGACAAACGCGGCGCCUAACACACACACGCACACACAUGGAUGGAUGGAUAUGGGCACACGAAAAGGAUGAGCAUCCUUCGUUCACACACACGUAGUUACCCGUUCGAGGGGCAGCGACAAGUCGAAGAAGGGGUCGAAUGUGUCGCUGGUGGUCCCGCACAUGGUGCACUUGACGCGCGAACGGAGCUGCAGGUACACACACACAAGAGGAAGAGACGAAUGGACAGGAGGGUAUUGUUGUGGGUGUGCGUGGGUACCUGUCCCGAGAAGGUCUCUGCGAUGAGGGUGUUGUUGCUCUCGAGGAAGUGGCUCCACCAACGCUCGGCUGCCUGCACAACCGUCACACGCAUACACACACACACG